AUCCAGGAUGGCCUCAUUAGUCGUUCGUCAGGUCGCCGCGUAAUUUACAGUCUGGAGGUUCAAUCCGUCUCGUCAAAUAGUUCGUCUUUGUUUUGGCUAAACCGGCAAUUCUGGCACAUACCAUUGGUCGACACUCAACUUCGAAACAAUGACUGACGAUAUAGACGUUGAGGCUAUGCUUGAGGACCACUACGCUCGCGAGGUAUGUUAUGUUUUACUCGUCCUUAGUUUAGGGUCCCUUGACUGGCACAAGAUAAUGUUAACUAAUUUUGACAGAAAUUCUUUAUGUUUUGUUAGGAUACUCUGGGUCUACGAUCCUCGUUGACGUCGUUGUGGACGUCUGGCCCUUUCCCACAGCUGUAGUUAUCAAUUGAUUGUUUCGGUAUGUUUUACGAAAGCAUUUAUUUUCCUGCCUGUCUUUUUUAUUCCUUUCCAUCUCCUGAAUCUGCUAAUAUUGUCGCUCAAUAGGGCUAUUCCAAGUCCAAUGGUCAUCGGAAACGUGGUCGUUCGCGUUCGAGAGAUCGCAGUAGAAGGCACAGGUCGCGAAGCAGAAGCAAAGAACGUCGACGGGAUAAGAAUUACGAAUCCGACCGGGGACGGCGUGAUCGUCGCCAUAGCUCACGUGACAGAGACCGACAUCGGUCUAGUAGAGAUGAGAUCAAGUCGUCUCGACCUGAGAGGCGUCACAAAUCUCCUGAACUUAGCCCAGAAGAGCGAGACGCAAGGACGGUUUUCGUCUGGCAGCUAUCUGCGCGCAUUCGACAGCGAGACUUGGAAGACUUCUUCACCUCAGUGGGUAAAAUUAGGGAUGUCCGUCUUAUCAUGGAUAAUAAAACCAAAAGGUCGAAAGGAAUAGCCUAUGUCGAGUUCCGUGAGGUCGAGUCAGCUCAGUUGGCUCUUGGACUUACCGGCACUCGCUUAUUGGGUGUUCCAAUCCAGAUCCAACAAAGCCAUGCCGAAAAAAAUCGGGUAAGUGCCACUCCCUCGUUGCCUCGGCCGUCCCAACAGAACAAGGGGCCAAUGAAACUGUACAUCGGUUCCUUACACUACAACAUCACAGAGGAAAUGUUGAAGGGUAUUUUUGAGCCCUUUGGGAAGAUAGAGGACAUUAAAUUAAUUAAGGACCCUGCUACCAACCGUUCACAAGGCUAUGGCUUCGUAACUUACGUCAACAGUGAUGAUGCCAAGAAAGCACUAGACCAACUAAAUGGAUUCGAGUUGGCUGGCCGACCAAUGAAGGUGAACCAUGUGACCGAACGAAGUGAGUAUGCUUGUCUAAGCGCUCUAGACAACGACGAAGCUGACCGUUCAGGUGUCGAUCUUGGCACCACUGGGAGAUUGGCUUUGAUGGCUAAACUUGCUGAAGGCACCGGUUUAGAGAUUCCCAAGGCUGCCCUCGCUCAGCUGCACAUUGGUCAAAACAAUCCGAUACUGGGUUCAGCUGGCAGCGUCAGUUCAUCAUCAGCAAUUGCUCCCCCCGUGUGUACACAAUGUUUCAUGCUGUCCAAUAUGUUCGAUCCACACGUCGCCACUCAUUCGGUUUUCGAAGAAAUACGUGACGAUGUUAUUGAGGAGUGUACCAAGGCUGGUGGAUGUCUUCACAUUUUCGUCGAUCGCACCAGCGCCCAAGGGAAUGUUUAUGUCAAAUGUCCUAGCAUAGCAGUUGCUACUCAGUGUGUGAACAUGUUACAUGGUCGGUAUUUCUCCGGACGGUUAAUUACUGCAGCCUACGUUCCUUUAAUAAAUUAUCACCAACUCUUCCCAGAUUCAGUAACUGCUAAAACAUUGUUGCAUCCUUCAAGUUAAAACUAUUGUAAAUAAAUCAAAUGUUUAUUGACCACUGCAUUUGUCAAUAUAUAAUCACU